AGGAUGGGGAAGUGAGUGUGACCAGGGUGCAUUGUGGGAAACUCCAAAAUAAUCAAUAAAAAUAUUAUGCUGGGGAAAAAAAGAAAAAAGAACUGAGUACAGAUCAUUCUAGUCUCCCAUUCCAGACCUCCUCUCUCCACCCACUCCAACACAUCCCCGAGCCAGAUUAACUUCUAGCAACAAUAACAAUGAAAUAAUAAGCCAUCAUCUGAGUCCAGGUAAUGGCUUGUAUGAGCUCCCAGGUCUUAAUCUAGAAUAAUAUAGACCCCAGUGGCUCACAAAACCACGAAGACAAGAGUGGGUGGAGAAGAAAUCCUCCUGCUCAGGAGGGUUGAGGGUAGAAUACUGAGGGAAUCCAACCUUUUGACUUCUUUCCAAGCUACAUGGAACCUGAGUUGAGGCUCUAAGUAGCCUGUCCUAACCAGCAGUCUCGAUUCCCAGCUGUUGCUUUAGGAGGGUGCUGAGGCAGGGGGACAGAGUUGGCAAACACCAACACCUGUUAACCCUGGAGCUUCAGUCCCUGUCACUUCAGGGAACACCAUGGCCGUGGACGUGACAGAAUAUCAUCUGAGCGUCAUCAAGAGCCCCCCAGGCUGGGAGGUGGGUGUCUACGCUGCAGGGGCCCUGGCGCUGCUUGGAAUCGCAGCUGUGAGUCUGUGGAAGCUCUGGACAUCGGGGAGCUUCCCCAGCCCCUCUCCGUUCCCUAAUUACGACUACAGGUACCUGCAGCAAAAAUACGGAGAGGCCUACGUGGAGGCUGAGCUGAAGAGAGUCCCUCAGUGGAAUGCCCAGCGGACCAACACUCGAGGACCAUCCAGCCGCAAAGGCAGCCUCAGUAUUGAGGACACCUUUGAGAGCAUCAGUGAGCUGGGACCCCUGGAGCUGAUGGGCCGGGAACUGGACCUAGCCCCCUAUGGUACUCUCCGCAAGUCACAGUCGGCUGACUCUCUGAACUCCAUUUCCUCUGUGAGCAACACCUUUGGGCAGGAUUUCACACUAGGCCAGGUGGAGGUGAGCAUGGACUACGAUGCGGCCUCCCACACCCUCCGCGUGGCAGUGCUGCAAGGCAAGGACCUCCUGGAGCGGGAGGAGGCCACCUUCGAGUCCUGCUUCAUGCGCGUCAGUCUGCUGCCAGAUGAGCAGAUUGUUGGCAUCUCCCGGAUCCAGAGGAAUGCCUAUUCCAUCUUCUUCGAUGAGAAGUUCUCUGUCCCCCUGGAUCCCACAGCCCUGGAGGAGAAGAGCCUUCGGUUUUCUGUGUUCGGCAUUGAUGAGGACGAGCGGAACGUGAGCACCGGUGUGGUGGAACUGAAGCUGUCUGUUCUGGAUCUCCAGCUGCAGCCCUUCAGCGGCUGGCUAUACUUACAGGACCAGAAUAAGGCUGCCGACGCUGUGGGAGAGAUCCUGCUGUCCCUCAGUUACCUGCCCACAGCUGAGCGUCUGACUGUGGUCGUGGUGAAAGCCAAGAAUCUUAUCUGGACUGGUGACAAGACCACAGCAGACCCCUUCGUCAAGGUGUACCUGCUGCAGGACGGGAGGAAGAUGAGCAAGAAGAAGACGGCUGUGAAGAGGGAUGACCCCAACCCGGUGUUCAACGAAGCCAUGAUCUUCUCGGUACCCGCCAUUGUGCUACAGGACCUGUCUCUCCGAGUGACAGUGGCUGAGAGCAGCAGUGAUGGCCGUGGGGACAACGUGGGGCAUGUCAUCAUUGGACCAGCAGCCAGCGGCAUGGGCACCACACACUGGAACCAGAUGCUGGCCACGCUGCGCAGGCCUGUGUCCAUGUGGCACCCAGUCCGGCGAAACUAGCAGCCAGGGCAGGCCAGAUGGGCAGCAGAGCCACCAGAGCCUGGCACCAUCUCAGUUCUAUCCAGUGAUGCCCUCUCCAUAGUCAGCUGGAGCUAUGAACACCGGGGCUGCCCCACCUCCCAGGGGGUCCUCAUCAGCCACCUUGGAUGCUCUGUCAUGGAAGAAUGGGUGUGACUAUUCACCUGGGAACCUCGGGUAAUUUCCCCACUAAGGACCACCUGGAGCUGGCUGGGGACCCAGCAGACUGACCAACUCUGUACCAGAGAGCCUAACGAAGUAUGUCCCUUAGUCUACAGAGGUACAUGGGCUUCAGAGCUGGCCGACCUCCCUUCUGCAAUUCUCUUAGAAGAGGCCAGCUGUUAAUAAGUCUUGAGGGGCUAGUCCCUGUACUGACAGGGCUAACAUUAACAAGACAUGGCACCCAGGGUACCAUGCCAGGAAGUCAAGAUGGCCCUCUCCCAUCCUGGCUGCUCAGCUCAAUGCUGAUCAAGUAACCAUCAGCCAGAUGGACUUGGGAAGGAGCCUGGAGUCUGGGGAAACAGGGAGACUCUCUCAGACAAGGAAGUAGCUGCACUUUGAGGGUUAGGGAAUCAACAGCAUCCAGAUUUAGUCCGGAGGGUACUGGGGUUGUGGUAAGCAGUCAAACAAUAGAAA